AUGGCGGCCGUUCCUCCUAAUGUAGAGGUCUCCAUUGUCCCCGCACCCACUACAUACAGAAAGACUAUCCUCCGCAACCUGUGGUUGGGCCGCACUGGUGAUGACACCCAGAAAUCCCUUCAUGAGGUGGCCAAGUUUGGGCAUUACGUUGUUGUCAACUGGACUGUAUUUGAAGGAGAGGGCAACGGGGCGAAGCUAGUCGCCCGUGGACAAGGAAGCACCAUAGGCGCCGGUAGCUGGAUAUCUACUUACGUCAUAGUGUUUGUGGAUGGCAGGUUCAAAGGAUCCACCCUUCAAGUGAUGGGAAACGCCUUGGGUGUUAAUGGUCAGUUGGCUGUUACUGGUGGGACUGGGGAGUUUGCUCUUGCAAGUGGUAUCAUCAAGGUGGAUUUUGACAAACUUACUGGUGUUGACCACCUUACGGUGGAAGUGUAUACACCAGUGUUCUUAGGACCGUGUUAUGCAGCAGCGGAGAAUUAGUCCCUUGGGCCUGAUCAGAUUUACCAGUUGCUCUGAUCAAAAUAAAGUUUUUGACUUAAUCUCAGUUUCAUCCAUAAUAUGAGGGAUAAUGGUUGUUCCCAACUCAUGUUUC